CCUCAGAGUGUCCGGGGCCUGCGUCCCGGAGCUGGACCCGGGUGGGCUCGCCGGGGCUGGAGGGCGCGGGCACUGGCAGAGCUCGGUAGGCCUCGUGGGGCCACUUGGCCCGCAGAGUCCCAGGAGAGGAACCCGGCCCUGGCCGAGAUUUGUUAAAAUGAAACACUGAAGAAGGGCCAUUGGAAGAUAAGAGGAAGAGAAAAAAAGAACAUGUCAUAUUAAAAGAAAAGGCCUUUAGAUGCAGUUCUGGAAAAACUUCAGUAAUGGAUCAAAGGAAGAAUGACAGUAUUGUUCCCAGUAUCACUCAAUUAGAAGAUUUUCUUACAGAACACAAUUCCAAUGUUGUUUGGCUCCUUGUUGCUACUAUUUUGUCCUGUGGAUGGAUUAUUUAUCUUACAUACUAUAAUUCAAGAAAUGUUGGUCUUAUUUUAACACUGGUUCUUAACAGAUUAUACAAGCAUGGCUAUAUCCAUAUUGGUUCCUUCUCUUUCUCAGUUCUUUCUGGAAAAGUCAUGGUUCGUGAAAUUUAUUACAUUACAGAAGACAUGUCUAUCAGAAUUCAGGAUGGAUUUAUCAUUUUUCGGUGGUGGAAGAUGUACAACCCAAAGCAGAAACAACAUGAUCCAAAGGCAGAAACCAGGUUAUACAUCACAGUUAAUGACUUCGAAUUUCAUGUCUACAAUCGUUCUGAUCUUUAUGGACGUCUUCAAGAGUUGUUUGGUUUGGAGCCAACAAUAAUUCCACCCAAGAAAGAUGAUGAUAAAAGCCGAAAUGGAAGAACAAGAACCCAGUCUAAAAUUGAAAGAGUUAAAGUGAAAACAGAAUCUCAAGACCCCACAUCCUCUUGGAGAUCACUUAUUCCAGUAAUAAAGGUCAAUGUUAGCACAGGACGUUUGGCCUUUGGGAAUCAUUACCAACCACAGACUCUCUGCAUUAAUUUUGAUGAUGCUUUCUUAACUUAUACUACAAAACCACCUUCAAGUCACCUUGACCAAUUCAUGCAUAUUGUGAAAGGAAAGCUUGAAAAUGUUCGAGUUAUGCUUGUUCCUAGUCCAAGAUAUGUUGGUCUUCAAAAUGAUGAACCACCUAGACUGAUGGGAGAAGGCUUUGUGGUAAUGCAGUCAAAUGACGUUGACAUCUACUACUACAUGGAUGAGCCAGGACUUGUUCCAGAAGAAACUGAAGAAAAUAUUGAAGGAGAAAUAAGCAGUGAAGAUUGCAAAUUACAAGAUUUACCACCCUGUUGGGGACUGGAUAUUGUUUGUGGUAAAGGAACAGAUUUUAAUUAUGGACCAUGGGCUGACAGGCAGAGAGAUUGUUUAUGGAAGUUUUUCUUUCCACCUGAUUAUCAAGUUCUGAAAGUUUCUGAAAUUGCACAGCCUGGAAGACCAAGACAGAUCCUUGCUUUUGAACUACGAAUGAAUAUUAUAGCAGAUGCCACCAUUGACUUGCUGUUUACCAAAAACAGGGAAACAAAUGCUGUACAUGUGAAUGUAGGAGCUGGCUCAUAUUUAGAAAUUAAUAUUCCGAUGACAGUUGAAGAAAAUGGUUACACCCCUGCAAUUAAAGGACAGCUCUUACAUGUUGAUGCCACUACUAGUAUGCAAUACCGGACCCUUCUAGAAGCAGAAAUGGUAGCAUUCCACAUCAAUGCCAGCUACCCCCGACUUUGGAACAUGCCCCAGACAUGGCGGUGUGAGCUAGAGGUUUACAAAGCCACUUACCACUUCAUUUUUGCACAGAAGAACUUCUUUACAGAUUUAAUUCAAGACUGGUCUAGUGAUAGUGCUCCAGAUAUUUUUUCAUUUGUUCCAUACACGUGGAAUUUUAAGAUCAUGUUUCAUCAAUUUGAAAUGAUUUGGGCUGCUAAUCAGCACAACUGGAUUGACUGUUCUACCAAACAACAGGAAAAUGUGUACCUGGCAGCCUGUGGAGAAAGAUUAAACAUUGAUUUUUCUUUGCCAUUUACGGAUUUUGUUCCAGCUACGUGUAACACUAAAUUCUCCUUAAAAGGAGAAGAUGUUGAUCUUCAUUUGUUUCUGCCAGAUUGCCAUCCUAGUAAAUAUUCGUUGUUUAUGCUGGUAAAGAACUGCCACCCAAAUAAGACGAUUCAUGAUGCUGGCAUUCCUGGUGAGUGCCAGAGUGGCCAGAAAACAGCUAAACCAAAAUGGCGCAACAUUACUCAGGAAAAGGCUGGUUGGGUUGAAUGCUGGACUGUCCCAAGUGUCAUGCUUACAAUUGAUUAUACAUGGCAUCCAAUUUAUCCACAAAAGGCAGAUGAACAGCUAAAACAAUCAUUAUCAGAAAUGGAAGAAACUAUGCUGUCUGUCCUAAGGCCAGCACAGAAAACAGCAGACAGAGUUGUUUCUUCACCCUUGACCUCUUCACGCCCUCCUGUGGAUCCUUCAGAACUGCCACCAGAUAAACUACAUGUGGAAAUGGAACUUUCCCCAGAUUCUCAGAUAACACUCUAUGGACCUCUGCUAAAUGCAUUUCUCUGUAUAAAGGAAAACUACUUUGGGGAAGAUGACAUGUAUAUGGACUUUGAGGAAGUUGUUUCAAGCCCUGUUCUCUCAUUAUCAACCUCAUCCAGCUCUGGAUGGACUGCUGUUGGGAUGGAAAAUGACAAAAGGGAAAAUGAAAGUUCAGCCAAGUCAAUUCAUCCUCUCACUUUGCGUCCUUGGGAUAUCACUGUCCUUGUUAAUUUGUACAAAGUUCAUGGGCGUCUUCCUGUUCAUGGAACUACUGAUGGUCCUGAGUGUCCCACAGCUUUCUUGGAAAGACUAUGUUUUGAAAUGAAAAAGGGGUUCAGAGAGACCAUGUUGCAACUUGUCCUGUCACCUCUGAAUGUGUUUGUCAGUGAUAACUAUCAGCAGCGCCCCCCUGUGGAUGAAGUACUCAGGGAAGGUCACAUCACUUUGUCUGGUCUGCAGCUGAGAGCACAUGCUAUGUUCUCAGCAGAAGGUCUUCCUUUAGGAAGUGAUUCCUUAGAAUACGCAUGGCUAAUUGAUGUUCAGGCUGGCAGCCUUACAGCUAAGAUCACAGCACCACAGCUGGCAUGUCUCUUGGAGUGGGGGCAGACAUUCGCUUCUCAUGUGGUAUGUCGGGAAUACGAACUGGAAAGACCAAAGUCUGUAAUAAUAUGUCAGCAUGGCAUUGAUCGUCGGUUCUGUGAAUCUAAGUUGAGCUGCAUUCCUGGGCCUUGUCCAACUUCAGAUGAUUUGAAGUAUACUAUGACUCGUUUAGCAGUGGAUGGAGCUGAUAUUUACAUUGUGGAGCAUGGUUGUGCUACAAAUAUAAAGAUGGGUGCAGUUCGGAUUGCAAACUGUAAUCUCCACAAUCAAACAGUUGGGGAAGGAAUAAGUGCUGCUAUUCAGGAUUUCCAAGUGAGACAGUUCAUUGAACAAUUAAAUAACUGCCGAGUGGGACUUCAGCCCGCUGUGCUGCGGAGGGCCUACUGGCUUGAAGCCGGGUCAGCCAAUUUAGGACUUAUUACUGUUGAUAUUGCACUAGCCGCAGUCCAUCAUUCUACACAUGAAGCACAAAGACAUUUCCUGGAAACCCAUGAUGCCAGAACUAAGAGGUUGUGGUUUUUGUGGCCAGAUGACACCCUGAAGAAUAAGAGAUGCAGAAACAAAUGUGGUUGUCUGGGUGGCUGCAGGUUCUUUGGUGGCACAGUAACUGGCUUAGAUUUCUUCAAACUUGAAGAGUUGACACCUUCUAGUAGCUCAGCGUUUUCAAGCACAAGUGCAGAGUUUGAUAUGUAUUAUGGACAAUCUUUGCUACAGCCUGGAGAGUGGAUUAUUACUAAAGAAAUCCCUAAAGUAGUAGAUGGUAAUGUAAGUGGUAUGAAAAGGAAAGAGUGGGAAAACAAGUCAGCAGGAAUGGAAGGAGAGAGGAAAACCCAACACCUUAGUCUCCAAGUUCCCUUGCGAUCUCAUAGUUCUUCCUCUUCCUCAGAGGAGAAUAGUAGCUCCAGUGCUGCACAGCCUUUGUUGGCUGGGGAAAAGGAAAGCCCAUCUUCGGUUGCCGAUGACCAUUUGGUUCAAAAGGAUUUCUUGCAUGGUACCAAAAGAGAUGAUGGCCAAGUAAGUAUUCCUGCAGAAAUUUCAGGAACCAGCCCCGUGUCUCCUAACACUCAGGAUAAAUCAGUAGGUCAGUCUCCUCUUAGAUCUCCCUUGAAGCGCCAAGCCUCUGUAUGUUCCACCCGACUUGGAAGCACAAAGAGUCUUACUGCUGCAUUUUAUGGGGACAAACAGCCUGUUACAGUUGGAGUCCAGUUUAGUAGUGAUGUCUCUCGUAGUGAUGAGAAUGUACUAGACUCACCAAAACAGAGGAGAAGUUUUGGUUCAUUCCCAUACACACCAUCAGCAGAUUCCAAUUCAUUUCAUCAGUAUCGAUCAAUGGAUUCUAGCAUGUCCAUGGCUGAUAGUGAAGCCUACUUCUCAGCAGCUGAAGAAUUUGAACCCAUCAGCAGUGAUGAAGGACCUGGAACUUACCCUGGAAGAAAAAAGAAGAAAAAGCAAACACAGCAGAUUGACUAUAGUAGAGGUUCCAUCUACCACAGCGUUGAAGGGCCACUAACUGGCCAUGGAGAAAACAUUCCGGAUCCUCGAACUCUGCCAUUCAAAACUCAUCCAUCCCAGGCUUCAUUUGUUUCUGCCUUAGGUGGCGAGGAUGAAGUUAUAGAGCAUCUAUAUGUUGUAGAAGGCGAGAAAACAGUAGAGAGUGAACAGAUCACUUCUCAACAACCUGUAAUGAAUUGUUAUCAGACUUACCUUACUCAGUUUCAGGUCAUCAAUUGGUCAGUUAAACACCCAACAAACAAGAGAACCUCAAAGUCCUCAUUGCAUCGUCCCCUUGAUCUGGAUACACCAACUAGUGAAGAAAAUUCAUCAUCAUUUGAACAGCUAUCCAUUCCAACAUUUAAGGUUAUCAAACAGGGGCUCACAGCUAAUUCCUUGUUAGAUAGAGGCAUGCAGAUUUCAGGCUCAAGUUCAAACACACCAUAUACCCCACUGGAAAAGAAAAUCGUAGAUCAUACAGAUGAUGAGACAUUGACUGAAGAGUGGACGUUGGAUCAGCCAGUCUCUCAGACCAAGACAACGGCCAUAGUAGAAGUAAAAGGAGCUGUUGGUAUUGUUCUGACUCCACUGGUGGCUGAGGCAUUAGACAGAUAUAUCGAAGCAAUGGUUCACUGUGCUAGUACCCGACACCCAGCUGCAAUUGUAGAUGAUCUUCAUGCUAAAGUCCUUAGGGAAGCCGUCCAAAAUAGCAAGACUACCUUCUCAGAAAAUCUAUCUUCCAAGCAAGAUGUUCGAGGAACAAAAACUGAGCCCCCUACAAUCGAAACAACUAAUCAAGGACAAGCACAGACCAAUCUUAUUGCAAAGCAAGAUAAUGUAACAAUAAAAGGUCUGCAGGCAAAUGUUAGCAUACCAAAGGUAAACCUAUGUUUGCUACAAGCCUCAGUAGAAGAAUCUCCAACUACAGCUCCUAGUAGAAGUGUGACUCAUGUUUCUUUGGUGGCAUUGUGCUUUGACAGAAUUGUUACACAAGUUCGAAUGAACAGAGGUGUGGUUGAAGAGACUUCAAAUAAUGCAGAUCCUACCAAAGCAUCAAAUUUUGAUAGAUAUGUUCAUGCCACCAAGAUGCAGCCUCAGUCAUCAGGAUCCCUCAGGUCCAAUGCUGGAGCUGAAAAGGGCAAAGAAAUUGCUGCCAAGUUAAAUAUUCACCGAGUUCACGGGCAACUUAGGGGCCUGGAUACAACAGAUAUCGGGACCUGUGCCAUCACUGCUAUUCCUUUUGAGAAGUCCAAAGUUUUGUUUACUCUUGAAGAACUGGACGAAUUUACUUUUGUAGAUGAAACAGAUCAGCAAGCUGUCCCUGAUGUUACUAGAAUAGGACCCAGCCAAGAAAAAUGGGGGUGGAUAAUGUUUGAAUGUGGACUUGAAAAUUUGACUAUAAAAGGAGGAAGACAGUCUGGUGCUGUUUUGUAUAACAGCUUUGGAAUUAUGGGUAAAACUAGUGUCACAGAAAGAGGUGGAGUGCUGACGUCCAAUAAUUCUUCUGAUUCUCCCACUGGCAGUGGCUACAAUACUGACGUUUCUGAUGACAAUCUUCCAUGUGAUCGGACAAGCCCCUCCUCAGACUUAAAUGGAAAUUCUGUAUCAGAUGAACAAGAUGAAGGAGUUGAAUCUGAUGAUUUGAAAAAAGACCUACCGCUAAUGCCUCCACCUCCAGAUUCAUGUAGCAUGAAGUUGACCAUUAAGGAAAUUUGGUUUAGUUUUGCAGCUCCCACCAAUGUCAGAUCUCCCACGCAUGCAUUUUCUAGGCAGCUGAACCUGUUAAGCACUGCAACUCCAGCUGUUGGAGCUUGGCUUGUUCCCAUUGACCAGCUCAAGUCAUCCUUAAACAAGCUAGAAACUGAGGGAACGUUGAGAAUUUGUGCUGUCAUGGGAUGCAUAAUGACAGAAGCAUUAGAGAACAAAAGUGUACAUUUCCCCCUCAGAAGUAAAUACAAUAGACUUACAAAAGUUGCCCGCUUUCUCCAAGAAAAUCCUUCCUGUUUACUUUGUAAUAUACUGCACCACUACUUGCACCAGGCAAAUUACUCCAUCAUUGAGGAUGCUACAAUGAGUGAUGGGCUUCCUGCUCUGGUAACUUUAAAGAAAGGCCUGGUUGCACUGGCCCGACAGUGGAUGAAGUUCAUUGUGGUGACACCAGCCUUUAAAGGAGUCAGCUUGCACAGACCAGCUCAGCCUCUGAAACCUCCAGCAACUGUGGACCAUGAACGUGAAGAUGGCCUUGGUCUAGAUAAUGGGGGUGGGCUUCAGAGUGAUACCAGUGCUGAUGGGGCAGAGUUUGAAUUUGAUGCAGCCACUGUCAGUGAACACACAAUGUUACUGGAAGGAAUAGCCAACCGGCCGCCACCUGGUAGUUCUGGGCCAGUUACUGGAGCCGAAAUCAUGAGGAAGCUUUCUAAAACGCAUACCCACAGUGACUCUGCAUUAAAGAUAAAGGGCAUCCACCCCUAUCACUCUCUGAGCUACACCAGUGGAGACACUGCUACAGAUUCUCCAGUCCAUGUUGGACGUUCUGGGAUGCCAGUAAAGGAGAGUCCAAGGAAGGAGAGCCUGCUCAGCUACCUGACUGGAAGCUUCCCAAGCCUACACAACCUUCUGGAAGGAACUCCUCAGAGAAGUAGUGCAGCUGUAAAAAGUAGCUCCCUAACAAGGACAGGAAAUACAGUGGCCACUGAUAUGCUUUCUGAGCAUCCUUUGCUAUCUGAGCCAUCAUCUGUGAGUUUCUAUAAUUGGAUGUCAAAUGCUGUGGGUAAUCGAGGAAGUGUGGUACAAGAAUCUCCUGUUACAAAAUCGGGCCACAAUAGUCUUCCAACAGGUGUUGCACCCAAUCUGCCUACAAUACCCUCAGCCUCUGAUUUCAACACUGUCCUGUCGAGUGACCAGAACACUUUGGACGGGACACACUCUCAGCAUAGCACGAGUCAGGAUGAUGUGGCAGGAGUAGAAGAGGCGAACCAAGGCUUUCCUGCUGUUCAGCUUGCUGAUGCACAGGUUGUUUUUAAGCCCCUCCUGAGCCAUACAGGAAUCCAGUCACAGGACUCGAUGCCACUUUGCUAUCGGAUGUACUUCGGAGAGCACCUUUCAUUCUCAGGAACUUUGGACUGUCUCCGAGCAGACAUUGUAGACUCAGACACGGCUAAAGAGAGAAAAGGAAAAAGAGCAAGAAGGCAAGGCCAUGUGAACCUUCCUCCACUUGAGUUCAAGCCAGCAUUAAUGCUGGAGACCUUCAGUAUCAGUGCAGUGGUGAUGGAGAAGUCGGUGUGCACACCUCAGAAUCCAACCAGUGCACUUUCCUUUCAUGACCUCAACAAGCGCUAUUACAACACUUUCCACUGUAACUUUACCAUCUCCUGUCAGUCAAUAAGCCAGCAUGUAGACAUGGCCUUGGUUCGUCUUAUUCAUCAGUUUAGUACAAUGAUAGAUGACAUCAAAGCCACUCAGACUGACAUUAAACUUAGUAGAUACACAGCCGGCUCAGCUUCCCCAACACCCACCUUCAAAACCAGAAAGCAUCGGGAUUUUCGCUCAUCCGAUUUCAGCCGCAGUUCUAGAGGAAGUCUUAAUGGUACCAAUCGAGUCAAUAAUGCUAAGAACAAACGGACCAACAAUGAGAAUAGCAAGAAAGAAUCCCGAAACAAAAACUCGUUGGGAAGAUCUGAAAGACGGACUUCAAAAGUAUCUAGGAAAGGUUCCAAGGAUGUGGUGGAUCACAUGACCAUCCAUAUGGAUGACUCUGAUUCCAUUACAGUGUCAGAGCAAAGUGAGCCCUCUGCAGAGUGCUGGCAGAACAUGUAUAAACUGCUCAACUUCUACUCUCUCAUCUCAGACCCAACAGGCAUACUGGAAAAAUCUUCUGAGACAUUUGGACCAGCAGGUGUUCGAAGCCCUACAGAGCCAACAUGUAAAGUUGUGUUUGAGAAUGAACAAGACAACAACAGUUUGACUAAGACGCAGAGGAAACGCAGCCUGGUGACAGCUGAGCCCCAACAUGUUACUUUAAUUGUGUUUGGGAUAGGGAUGGUGAACCGCACACACCUUGAGGCUGAUAUUGGGGGUCUUACAAUGGAGUCAGAGCUGAAAAGGAUCCAUGGCAGUUUUACUCUUAAGGAAAAGAUGAAAGAUGUUUUACAUCAAAAGAUGACUGAGACAUGUGCCACUGCUCAUAUUGGUGGGGUGAACAUUGUGCUGCUUGAAGGAAUUACACCAAAUAUACAAACUGUGGUGAAAUGUAGUAUUGCCAAGUCCCAAGCCCUCUACAGUGCCCAGAGAGGGCUGAAGACAAAUAAUGCUGCUGUGUUCAAAGUCGGAGCUAUCAGUAUCAACAUUCCUCAGCAUCCUGCCACCUUACAUAGCAUGAUGGUUCGAAGUUCUCACCAGUUAUCCAAACAAAUCUCAGACCUCAUUCGACAGCCUUCUACAGCUCCACAGCCUAUGAAAGAAGAUAUUGCAACCCCACUACCUUCUGAGAAAACCCCAACAAGUGUUAAUCAAACUCCUAUUGAAACCAAUGAAUUUCCUCAGUUACCUGAAGGCUUAGAGAAGAAGCCUAUUGUUCUUAAGUUCAGCGCCAUGCUAGACGGAAUCGCCAUUGGGGCAGCACUUCUGCCAUCCCUGAAAGCAGAGUACAAGAUGGGAAGGAUGCGAAGCCAUGGAAUGACAGGUGCACAGACAAGGUUUACAUUUGAAUUGCCAAAUCACAGGCUGCGUUUUACUUCAAAAGUUUCUGCCACAGAUAUGUCAACCAUUCCUCCUUCUGCCAGUCUUAACCUUCCUCCUGUUACUAUGUCAGGGAAAUACAUAAUGGAAGAACAUGAUAGUUACUCAGACCAAGUGUGGAGUAUAGAUGAACUGCCUUCUAAGCAGGGGUACUAUUUACAGGGAAAUUAUCUACGUUGUGUGGCAGAAGUUGGGUCCUUUGAACAUAAUCUUACCACAGAUCUUUUAAACCACUUGGUGUUUGUACAGAAAGUGUUCAUGAAGGAAGUUAAUGAAGUGAUACAAAAAGUUUCUGGGGGAGAGCAGCCCAUUCCACUCUGGAAUGAGCACGAUGGAACCACGGAUGGUGAUAAGCCCAAGAUUCUCCUCUACUCCCUGAACUUACAGUUUAAGGGUAUUCAAGUCACAGCCACAACCCCUUCCAUGAGAGCUGUGAGAUUUGAAACUGGAUUGAUCGAACUGGAACUUUCUAACCGACUGCAAACUAAAGCCUCACCGGGAAGUAGCAGCUAUUUGAAACUGUUUGGUAAAUGCCAAGUAGAUUUAAACUUGGCCUUAGGACAAAUUGUCAAACAUCAGGUGUAUGAGGAAGCUGGUUCUGAUUUUCAUCAAGUUGCCUAUUUUAAAACUAGAAUUGGCUUAAGGAAUGCCCUUCGAGAAGAAAUCAGUGGUUCUUCAGAUAGGGAAGCUGUGCUUAUUACUUUGAAUAGACCAAUCGUUUAUGCACAGCCUGUGGCCUUUGACAGAGCGGUGCUGUUCUGGCUGAAUUAUAAGGCUGCAUAUGACAACUGGAAUGAACAACGGAUGGCUUUACAUAAGGAUAUUCAUAUGGCUACGAAGGAGGUGGUAGAUAUGCUACCUGGUCUCCAGCAAACAUCAGCACAGGCUUUUGGGACACUCUUCCUCCAGCUGACUGUGAAUGACCUGGGAAUUUGUCUACCUAUCACAAAUACUGCACAGUCCAAUCACACUGGAGACCUGGACACCGGCUCUGCGCUGGUCCUGACUAUUGAGAGCACUCUCAUCACUGCCUGUUCCUCUGAGUCUCUAGUCAGUAAAGGGCACUUCAAAAACUUCUGCAUUCGUUUUGCUGAUGGUUUUGAGACAUCAUGGGAUGACUGGAAACCGGAGAUUCGUGGGGAUCUGGUAAUGAAUGCUUGUGUAGUCCCAGAUGGCACCUAUGAAGUAUGUUCAAGGACUACUGGACAAGCUGCAGCUGAAAGCAGUAGUGCUGGGACCUGGACGCUGAAUGUGUUGUGGAAAAUGUGUGGGAUUGACGUCCACAUGGACCCCAACAUUGGAAAACGACUUAACGCCCUGGGCAACACCCUGACCACUUUGACAGGAGAGGAGGACACAGAUGACAUUGCUGACCUAAACUCAGUGAACAUAGCUGACCUGUCAGAUGAGGAUGAGGUUGAUACGAUGUCUCCCACCAUCCACACAAGUUCAGAUGGAAGUUCAGUAAGUGGAGAUGGCCACAAACUCACCUUUGGGCAGCGACUUGUAAAUCAUCUCCUAGGCCUGACGCCCCCAAAUCAGCGCUAUUCUGUUCCUGCAGAGUAUCUGUGUGACACAGAGAAGUGGGGCUCCCCUCAGUCUAGCCAGUCCCAUUUGCAAGCAUGCAGAGCACACUCAUGGGGAAAUGAAGCUGUAGAUUAUCGAAGACAAGGACCCUCUUCCACCCAGCCAGGAGAACUUCGAGGAAGAAAAAUAAUGAAACGUUUAGUGGAUAUCAGAGAAUUGAAUGAACAGGCCAAAGUGAUAGAUGAUCUUAAGAAAUUAGGUGCAAGUGAAGGAACCAUCAACCAGGAAAUUCAGCGUUACCAACAGUUGGAAUCUGUAGCUGUGAAUGACAUUCGAAGAGAUGUUCGCAAAAAAUUGCGGAGAUCCAGUAUGAGAGCUGCUUCCCUAAAGGAUAAGUGGGGUUUGGGUUAUAAACCAAGUUAUAACCGAUCAAAAAGCAUUUCUGCUUCUGGAAGACCACCUCUCAAGCGAAUGGAGAGAGCCAGUUCUAGAGUAGGAGAAGCUGAUGAGCUCCCAGAAAUCCGUGUGGAUGCAGCAUCUCCUGGACCCAGAGUAACUUUUAACAUCCAGGACACAUUGAAAAAUACAGUAUGGGGAAGUACACCACAGUCCAGCACUCCCAGGGAAGGGUAUUUUCAGUUUCCAGAGGAGACAGAACUGGACCUUUUAUCUGUAACUCUCGAAGGUCCAUCUCAUUACUCAUCCAACAGUGAGGGGUCGUGUUCCGUGUUCAGUUCUCCCAAAACUCCAGGCAGCUUUUCCCCAAGUAUUCAUUUCCAACCUGAGGAGGGUCGACGGGAUGACAGUCUGUCUUCUACCAGUGAAGAUUCUGACAAAGAUGAAAAGGAUGAAGACCGAGAAAGGGAAAGGUUUUAUAUUUACAGGAAGCCCUCACACACUUCUCGUAAGAAAGCAACAGGCUUUGCUGCUGUGCAUCAGCUACUUACAGAACGCUGGCCAACAACUCCAGUCAACCGAAGUCUUAGUGGCACAGCUACUGAGAGAAAUAUUGACUUUGAACUUGAUAUACGGGUUGAAAUUGAUAGUGGGAAGUGUGUACUCCACCCAACCACCCUUCUACAAGAACAUGAUGAUAUAAGUUUGAGAAGGAGUUAUGAUAGAAGUUCCAGAAGCUUAGAUCAAGAUUCUCCUUCCAAAAAGAAGAAAUUUCAAACGAAUUAUGCUUCUACCACCCAUUUAAUGACUGGCAAGAAAGUGCCAUCGUCUCUGCAGACAAAGCCUAGUGACUCAGAAACAACAGUAUUCUACAUUCCUGGAGUUGAUGUAAAGUUGCAUUAUAAUUCCAAGACACUAAAGACUGAAUCACCUAAUGCCUCCAGAGGAUCUUCCUUGCCAAGAACACUCUCCAAAGAGUCCAAGCUGUAUGCCAAAGGAAAAGGAAGUGGAGGGGUGAAAACAGCCAAGCUGUAUGCCUGGGUGGCACUUCAGUCAUUGCCAGAAGAGAUGGUUAUCAGUCCUUGCCUAUUAGACUUUCUGGAAAAGGCUCUGGAAACUAUCCCAAUUACACCAAUUGAAAGGAAUUACACAGGUGUCAGCUCCCAGGAUGAAGAUAUGGGGCAUUUUGAAAUACCAGAUCCCAUGGAAGAAUCAACAACAUCAUUAGUAUCAUCUUCUACAUCUGCUUACUCUUCUUUCCCUGUAGAUGUUGUGGUCUAUGUACGAGUUCAGCCAUCACAGAUCAAAUUUAGCUGUUUACCAGUGUCAAGAGUGGAAUGCAUGCUAAAGCUACCAUCCCUGGAUUUGGUGUUCUCUUCAAACCGAGGAGAGCUGGAGACUCUAGGGACUACGUGUCCCAUGGAGACUCUGUCUCCUGGAGGCAGUGCUACACAGAGUGGAGCAAAGAGCUCAGCAGGCAAAGCUGGAAUGCCAGUAGGUUCAUCAGGACUAGGCAGUCCCUUGGGCAGAAGUCGGCACAGUAGUAGUCAGUCAGAUCUAACCAGCUCCAGCAGCAGCUCCUCUGGCCUGAGCUUCACAGCAUGCAUGUCCGACUUUUCCCUGUAUGUAUUUCAUCCGUAUGGGGCAGGGAAACAAAAAACUGCCGUUUCUGGACUCACACCUGGAUCCGGAGGACUAGGGAAUGUGGAUGAGGAACCCACUUCAGUCACUGGUCGAAAAGACUCACUCAGUAUAAACCUUGAAUUUGUAAAAGUGAGUUUGUCUCGAAUUAGACGUUCAGGAGGUGCCUCAUUUUUUGAAAGUCAGUCUGCAAGCAAGUCUACAAGCAAAAUGGAUACUACAUUAAUAAAUAUAUCUGCUGUUUGUGAUAUAGGGUCUGCCUCCUUUAAGUAUGAUAUGCGCCGACUGAGUGAAAUUCUGGCAUUUCCAAGAGCUUGGUACAGGAGAAGUAUUGCAAGACGUCUGUUUCUUGGAGAUCAAACUAUAAAUUUGCCAACAUCUGGUCCAGGGACACCUGAUUCCAUUGAAGGGGUUAGCCAGCACCUUUCCCCUGAGUCAUCAAGGAAAGCUUACUGCAGGACCUGGGAGCAGCCAAGUCAGUCAGCCUCCUUCACUCACAUGCCUCAAUCACCUAAUGUAUUCAAUGAGCAUGGGACAAACAGCACCAUGUCCCCAGGGACAGCAGCCCAGAGCCUAAAGUCCCCAGCCUCUGUAAGAUCAAGGAGUGUGUCUGAUUCUUCAGUUCCUCGAAGAGAUUCAAUUUCAAAAACAUCAACUCCUGUCAACAAGUCAAACAAAGCAGCAAGCCAACAAGGAACUCCCUGGGAAACACUUGUAGUGUUUGCUAUCAACUUGAAGCAACUAAAUGUUCAAAUGAAUAUGAGUAAUGUAAUGGGAAAUACAACUUGGACAACUAGUGGAUUGAAGAGUCAAGGCCGUCUGUCAGUAGGAAGUAAUCGCGAUCGAGAGAUCAGCAUGUCUGUUGGUUUGGGAAGAUCACAGUUAGAUUCCAAAGGAGGAGUAGUUGGAGGGACCAUAGAUGUCAAUGCGUUGGAGAUGGUCGCUCAUAUUUCUGAACAUCCAAAUCAGCAACCCAGCCACAAAAUUCAGAUAACCAUGGGUUCUACUGAAGCACGUGUUGAUUACAUGGGCUCAAGUAUCCUCAUGGGCAUCUUUAGUAAUGCUGAUCUGAAGCUUCAGGAUGAGUGGAAAGUAAACCUGUAUAAUGCACUGGAUUCAAGUAUGACUGACAAAAGUGAGAUUUUUGUCCAUGGAGAUCUAAAGUGGGAUAUUUUCCAAGUAAUGAUAUCAAGAUCAACUACACCUGACCUAAUAAAAAUAGGAAUGAAGCUCCAGGAAUUCUUCACCCAACAGUUUGACACAAGCAAACGAGCUCUGUCUACCUGGGGACCAGUUCCUUAUCUUCCACCAAAGACAAUGACUAACAACCUAGAGAAAAGUUCACAAGAGCAAUUGCUCGAUGCAGCUCAUCACCGACACUGGCCUGGAGUGUUGAAAGUGGUGUCAGGAUGCCACAUAUCCUUAUUUCAGAUUCCACUACCAGAGGAUGGAAUGCAGUUUGGAGGAUCAAUGAGCUUACAUGGAAAUCAUAUGACACUAGCUUGUUUUCAUGGUCCAAAUUUCCGUUCAAAAUCCUGGGCCCUUUUUCAUUUAGAAGAACCAAAUAUUGCCUUUUGGACUGAAGCUCAGAAAAUCUGGGAAGAUGGUUCCAGUGAUCAUUCUACGUAUAUUGUACAAACCCUGGAUUUUCAUCUGGGUCAUAAUACCAUGGUUACCAAACCAUGCGGUGCUCUGGAAAGUCCUAUGGCAACGAUAACCAAGAUAACACGGCGUCGCCAUGAAAACCCACCCCAUGGAGUAGCAAGCGUGAAAGAAUGGUUCAAUUACGUUACUGCCACCAGGAAUGAAGAGCUCAAUUUACUUCGUAAUGUUGAUGCCAACAACACUGAGAACAGUACAACUGUGAAGAAUUCUAGUUUAUUGAGUGGAUUCCGAGGAGGCUCUAGCUAUAACCAUGAAACAGAGACUAUCUUUGCUUUACCAAGGAUGCAGCUGGAUUUUAAGUCCAUUCAUGUUCAAGAACCACAAGAACCUUCAUUACAAGAUGCCAACUUGAAGCCAAAGGUAGAAUGUAGUGUGGUAACAGAGUUCACUGACCACAUCUGUGUGACCAUGGAUGCUGAACUCAUUAUGUUCCUCCAUGAUUUAGUGUCGGCUUAUCUUAAAGAAAAAGAAAAAGCCAUUUUUCCACCUCGGAUUCUAUCUACUCGACCAGGACAGAAAAGUCCAAUUAUUCUACAUGAUGAUAACUCCUCUGACAGAGACAGAGAAGAUAGCAUCACCUAUACCACUGUGGAUUGGAGAGAUUUUAUGUGCAACACAUGGCAUCUAGAACCUACUCUUCGAUUGAUUUCUUGGACUGGAAGAAAGAUUGAUCCAGUAGGUGUUGAUUAUAUUCUUCAAAAGUUGGGCUUUCAUCAUGCUAGGACUACUAUUCCUAAAUGGCUUCAGAGAGGUGUCAUGGACCCACUGGACAAGGUUUUGUCCGUCCUAAUCAAAAAGCUUGGUACUGCACUACAGGAUGAAAAAGAAAAGAAAGGAAAGGACAAAGAAGAACAUUAGAAAGUAACUUGAUCUGUGAGCAAACUGUAUCAGUUAACUCUUAUUACAUGGGAGUGCUAUUUUUAAGUAAAAUUUUAAAUACGACUUUAAAAUAAUUCUAAUAUUGUGGCCAUUACAUUAAAAGUUAGCCUGUUUAUUUUAUUUCUACCAACCUGUGUACAAGUGAAGUAUUGCAUGAUAAUGUAAAUUUUGUGUAAACUAGAUUAAAAUAUGUAAAUCUGCUUGUGAAGGUUUAUAUUAUGUGCAAUAUGAAUCCUGCAUCUUUAAAAUAUUUGCAGAGUAACUGUGAAUUUUUUUGUUAUUGGCCAUGACUUUUAGGAAAGAAACUGUUAAUAAUGUGAUUUGGAGGGGUCAUUAGUUGCUUUUUGUUAAUGUAGACUUGUAUAAAUACUUAUUUGUAUAUAGUUGAGCAAUUGUGAUAUGAUUGUAUACACUAAGAUAUUGUUUGUACUAUUGUAAUAAAGUCACAGUAAUGGUUUCAGUUAAA